GAACUGUUGUAAUGUUUAGUUGGUUUCAUGUUGUUUGCCUUAGGGGAUCAUGGACAUCGAAGAAUAUUUUGAAAGGAUUGGUUAUAAGAACUCAACCAAUAAAUUGGACUUGGCCACUCUAACUGAAGUUCUUCAGCACCAGAUGCGAACAGUUCCUUUUGAGAAUCUUAACAUGCAUUGUGGAGAAGCCAUGGAUCUGGGCUUAGAGGCUACUUUUGACCAAAUAGUGAGGAAGAAGAGGGGCGGGUGGUGUCUCCAGGUUAAUCAUCUCCUGUACUGGGCUCUGACCAAAAUGGGCUUUGAAACCACAAUGUUGGGAGGAUAUGUUUACAUAGUCCCAGUCAGUAAAUACAGCAGUGAGAUGAUUCACCUUCUAGUACAGGUCACCAUCAGUGACAGAAACUACAUUGUUGAUGCUGCCUAUGGAGGCUCCUACCAGAUGUGGGAGCCUGUGGAAUUAGCAUCAGGGAAGGACCAGCCUCAGGUGCCUGCCAUCUUCCGAUUGACAGAAGAGAACGAAACCUGGUACUUGGACCAAAUCAGAAGAGAGCAGUAUAUUCCAAACCAAGAAUUUGUUAACUCAGACCUCCUUGAGAAGAACACAUAUAGAAAGAUUUAUUCUUUUACUCUCAAACCCCGCACUAUAGAGGAUUUUGAAUAUGCGAAUACUUACCUUCAGAUUUCGCCCGCAUCUGUGUUUGUGAACACAUCAUUUUGUUCCUUGCAAACCUCAGAAGGGGUUUGCUGUUUAAUAGGCUCCACCAUCGCAAGGAGAAAAUUCAGUUAUAAGGAUAAUGUAGAUCUGGUGGAGUUUAAGAGUGUGAGUGAGGAAGAAAUAGAAGAUAUACUGAAAACUUCAUUUGGCCUUUCUUUAGAGAGAAAGUUUGUGCCCAAAAAUGGUAACCUAUCUUUUAGUAUUUAGGGUAAAGAGCAAAAUUGUUUUUCAUUAUUAUUUCAUGUUCUUAAACACUUGAAAUAUAUGUAAAUAUAGUCCAUAAGAACCCUUAAAGAAUCAUUACCAAGCUAGAUAUUGACCAACUAAUGACUUGUAUCUUCUGUUUACUACAUUUUAUAAAGAAGAAAUCCUAGCUGUCCUGUUGUUUCACCAAUAAAAAUAUCAUCAGUUAUAGUUAAAUAAAAAACUUAAUGAAUAUAGCCACAAUCCUUUUCAAGAGUGAUCACACAAAAUUUUCCUAAUGAAGAUGCAUUUAACUUGAAAGCCAUAUUCAUUUGUAACAGAAAACCUUCAAACAUUAUGUUAUUGUUGUAAUCACAUAAAACUUAUACUAGUAGUUAACUAUGAAUAAACAGAGGACUACAGGCAUUAAAUUUAUCCAGAAUAAAUCUGAUGUCCAAGAUUUACAAGAAGCUACCUUCACAACUUAGGAUCAGAACAAAGCAAACAAGAAUGAGCCAUCAUUUCUGUCCCGGGAAAUUUCUUAGACCUCAAGACAAAACUCAAGCCAAUGCAUGGAGCUCUAUGAGUAGGUUCCAAGACAAUGGCAUGGCUUAGAAUUUCUUACAGGGUUAAUUUUGCAGACACAGUUCUGUUUAUAUUUGACUUUUUUAAAGGUAUAGUAGCAGUGAUAUUUUGAAUUAGGUGAUUUAUGCCUCAUAAAAUGUAUGAUACCUUGAAAAAUGUUGUUUAUAAAGCAUAUUAUUGAUGAAUAUAAUAAAAUAGUAUUGGCUAAUAUAA